CUUUUCGUUACUUUCAUUCUUUGCUAGGAAACACAGACACUGACGCACCAUUCGAAACCAUGAAACCUAAAAGUGUUGAAUCAUUUCUGAUGAUCGUUAUCUUAUUGAUUUUGACGUAUCUUUAUUUGGGGAUUGAAAGAGGUGAAUGUGAUUGUGAUGAUGUGAUAAACGUGCAAAAGGCAGGUAGAAUUCGUGAUAUUACCGGAAAAUGCCUAAACGCGACCGUGAUCGAAAACCUCGCCAGAUUCGCCGUCAAAGAACACAGCGAACAUGUGAACUGCAUAAUCAAGUUUGAUAGAUUGGUAAAGGCAAGAAAGCAGGUGAUGACUAGUAAGAUGUACUAUCUGACAUUGGAGGCACAAGAUGGUCGAGUAUAUGAAGCUAAAGUUUUGGUGAAGCCAUGGAUGAACUUUAAGGAGUUGCAAGAUUUCAAGGCUAUUGAUGCAUGAUCCAAAUGUCGUGAAGUGUUAACAAGAUUGUUCUUUAAUGCUCUUGUAAUCAGUAAACUAAACUGCUAGCUAGUUGAUGCUUAAAAAGUUUGAGUUUCAUAUUAUCGUAGGUCUUACGUAAAGAAUUAUAUGCAAACUAGUGAUGUCUCUUUUUUCUUUUGGUCUGCAUUUUGCUUUUAGGAAAACAACAUGUUGGGUUUUAUAAAGUUUUAAACUGACUUGACUUCUGAUUUUUUUAAUUAUUCUCUUCGUGUUUUAGUUAUCAUUGUGGUGGUUAAUUAGAUAAAUUGGUAUCAUUAUCCAAUUUCAACACACGGAA